GGGCCUCGGAACAACCUCUCAUACAUAGAUGGAGGGAACAGUAAAGGCAGGAUACUAGACGUUUUGUAAACUACCUUAUUACAGCGGCGCGCCCUGCACCAGGAUCUUGCCAUUUCAGACUUCUCGACGAUUCCCCGGCCGACAGCAUUGGUAGACGAACACAAGGAUAGGGCGAAUUCAGCGACCUGAACAUGUCCAACUUACUGAGACCAGCAACGCCUACGCAGGCGGAAAGGAGGGCGGUGUCCGCUCCUAGCUCUCCCACGAGCCCUGUAGCAAGUCCAGCACUUUCCCACGCUUCGACCGACCCGAAGGUGGGCCUUCGGCGGAGUCAUUCCCAUGGCGGCAAGUCGAGAAACGAAAGCAUUUCCACCCGAUCCAACUCCUCUCUGGCACCACCAUCGAGUAUCGCAGACUCCGCAGUAGACCUCUCAGGAAGUUCUGGGCACUAUCGUCGCCGUCGCUCGUUCCGCCUUGUGGAGAAGAUAACUCAGAAACUGAAAGAGAAGUUUUCCCACCACCCAGCGGACCCAACUGUCGAGCCGGAACAUGCAGAACGAGAUCCGGAAACAGGUCGACGUCUUUUCCAUUUCGGCCAUCACCGUACUCGCUCGCAUACACCCGAUAUCAGUGCCGGAAAACUGCGUAGAAGGAGCGCAGAUGCCCUCGGAGCCCGAAACAGCAGGGGCAUCCUUCUCCCUGAUGCCCUACCCGUCGCGUCCCCGUCCACCACCUCAAUUUCAACUUACAUGCCCCCAUCAUCGUACGAAAGCGACAGGUCCUCAAAGCGACCCGUAUUAGGCCGGCGGCGAAGUUCAGCGGGGAUCAUUACCAUCCCGUCCACGGAAUCGUUCCCAUCAGGAAUGGAAGCGUCGUAUCACAACAACGGGUCGACCGUGGAUAUGAUGGAGCUUAUCGAGUCCUAUGGUCGUCCGCCAUCCACUUUGUUCCUCCUGCCUCCGCCCCCGCACCGUGAUCAACAGGUCCCCACCGAACUUCAAGAGAGUCCGCUUGCACAGAGUGCUUCGGAAGAGGAAGAGGACGACGACGUUGUUGGUCCCCUCUCCUCUCGCUUCCAAAAAGUCAGUCUGCACAAUAGACCUGCCCAACCACUGAUGACCCCUUUGGUCACAUCGGAAAUCAACCCGUUCGACUGUCGCUUCCAAAAAGUCAGCUUGCACGAUAAGCCUGCCCAACCACUCAUGACCCCGCUGGUCACAUCGGACAUCAACCCGUUCGACAGCACGUUGUCGGUGAAUCGAAUCGUGGAGAGGAGCCCCAGUUCCAUCGUGAACUUUGACCAACUGGUCUUUGAUGCGGGAAAACCACUAGCUUCCCACUAGAUGAUGGACAUGGCUUUAGACAUGGACACUACCAAUAUAGAAGUCUUGGGGCUCACCCAACGGCGUACAAUUUUUUCUCUUCAGCCUCUCUGAUGUAAACCUCUCAGACAUUUUCAUUCCCAUACAUUUGGCGUAAGGAAAGUCUCGGCGUGUGCUUAGACCGAUAUUUCUCUGUACAUAUUCAUUUCUCUGCAAAUAGACC